GAUGGGCGAAAUACCCGCCAAAAUAUCAUAAGUUGACGUAUGAUCUGGGUCUGAUCUGGUCUAAUCAAAAGUGUAUCAUUUUUUGCGGAAAUUUAUUUGAAAAUAUAAUUGAUAUAUCUUUAAGUUUUCUUCUAAAUAAUCAGCUGAAGUCUAUCAACAAAAUCUAAUUUCUUUGUGAUUGUAUUUAGUUUAGUGUAGACAAUUUAUUUUCUUUUGCAAACAUGAAUACAUGGAAUCCUGGCAUGAGGGACACGACUGGCGCCGGAGGCUUUUUACAUAACACAAUAAAUGUUAAUUCUCCUGCUACCAAACCAAAAAGAGGUAGAAGAAUACAGAGUCUACUUCCACUUGUAAUUAGACAAAUACGAGAUUGCAACCAUGAUGAGUUUAAGCUUUUUGGAAGACAAGCACAAAUAGUUAUACUUGUUGGAAUUAUUAAAGAAGUGGAAGUGCAGUCUACAAAAGCAACAUACAAAAUAGAAGAUUAUACUGGAAGUAUAAAAAUGGUAUGGUGGCUGGAAAAUGAUUCGAGAGAUGGUUCUCCCAAAUUGCCUUCAGUGAAAGAAGGAUCUUAUGUCAAAGUUUUUGGAACUAUUCGAAGUCAAAAUAAUGAUAAAAGUAUAAUGGUAUUAAAAAUGUUUCCAGUUGAAAAUUGUAAUAUUAUUAAUACACAUUUAUUGGAAGUUGUACACACAAGACUACAAGCAGAAUCUAAGCAACUAAACACAACUAAGAAGAUCCUAAAGAACAAUCCAGGCGCCCAGCUAAUAAACUCUAUGAAAUGUUACGACGAAAAUGUAGCAGGUGCUGCAGAAGUUAAAUUUACAGACAUGCAAAAUAAGGUAUACAAAAUUCUAAAAGCUAAUACUACAGAUACUGGUACUAAUCGAGUUUCAGUAUUAUCGAAGUUCUCUGCAAAUGAAAAAAGAGCCGCUAAUGAAGCUUUGGAAUUUUUGGUGAAUGAAGGACAUGCGUAUUCAACUAUCGAUUCCGAACAUUUUAAAUCUACUGAUGGAGAUGCAAAUUGAAGCGAAGUGAAUUUGUUAUAUUUAAGUUGGAUCUGAUCAUAUAAUAAUAUAAUAAAUCAGGAUACUUUUGAUUCAUAUAUAUUAACUAA